UGACGCGUGACUAUUGCGGAAGUAAUUGAGCCCUGAGCUGUGUGCAAGGUUGGAUACCCGCGUCUAGAUUAUGGAACAAAAUAAUGACGGGAGUUUAGCCCAGGUCCGGCAUGUGGUGUUGGUCCUGUCAGGCAAAGGAGGGGUGGGAAAGAGCACCAUCACCACAGAGUUAGCUCUGGCUCUCAGGCAUGCCGGGAAGAAGGUUGGCAUCCUGGACGUUGACCUGUGUGGGCCCAGUAUCCCCCGCAUGCUCAGCGUCGGCCGGCCUGAUGUGCACCAGUGUGACUCAGGGUGGGUGCCUGUCUACACUGACGCCCAGAAGAGCCUGGCUCUGAUGUCCAUCGGCUUCCUGCUGGAAGACCCAGAUGAAGCAGUGGUGUGGAGGGGCCCCAAGAAAACCGCUUUGAUUGGCCAGUUUGUGUCAGAUGUAGCAUGGGGAGAGUUGGAUGUGCUGAUGGUGGACACACCGCCAGGGACGUCUGAUGAGCAUUUGGCAGUACUGGAGAACCUCAAAAAACACAGAGUAGAUGGAGCUGUUUUGGUCACCACACCUCAGGCAGUAUCCACAGGGGAUGUGAGGAGAGAGAUCACCUUCUGUAAGAAGACAGGUGUGCGGAUCCUGGGCAUCGUAGAGAACAUGAGUGGCUUUGUUUGUCCACACUGCUCGGAGUGCAGCAAUAUAUUCUCAAAGGGUGGCGGCGAAGAGUUAGCCAAGCUGACCGGAUCAGUAUUCCUAGGUUCUGUGCCCUUGGAUCCUCUGCUCAGCACCAGUAUAGAGGAGGGCAAAGACUUCAUGCAGUCAUUUCCAGACAGCGCCACCUUCAGUGCCAUCAGCAGUAUAUCUGAGACUCUGCUCAACAGCCUCCAAACUGCUUGAGCCAUGAAUUGAUUUGCUGCAAAUUCUGGACUGUGUUCGCAUUUUAGCACAUAUUAGCACUCUUGAAAGUACAGCAUAAUACAGCAAUAUUAGUCAUCGUACUGUCAGUAAUGAUUUCUAUGUUGCAGUUUUGUCCUGUACAGUUAAUCAUGAGACUUGUCCUGAUUGUUGUUUUAUACCUUGUUAAAAAAUUCAGUAUCUGCCAGCAGGCUUUGUUUGCACUUAUCUUUGAGUGCAGCAGUUACAGUUCUUGUGGGUGUUAACCACAGUGUGAAGAUUACCAGCUCUCACUGCAGAGUGAAACAGGAAGAGAUGACUACAGUAAAGCAACUCAGCGGAUUUGUUUUACUGCAAGUUCAGGGACAUCAUUUUGUAAUAAAAAUGUCAAGUGACCCUGCAAAAGACUAAGAAUGUGUCACAGUAAAAUAAACAGUACUACUUCUACAUUUUGUGUGUUUGGAAGACAGUCAAAUCUAAGUUGGAAUCUUCUUUAAUUCGAUUGUGACACACGUCGACACAUCAGGAUAACUUCAAUACCAGUGGUAAUACAGGAUUGUAGACUGGCACUUCAGUAAAUGCGUCAGUAGCAGUUCCAUUUUCAGAAAACGAACUCCAGAUCAAAUCAGACCAGUCUUUGCAUGAAACUAGGCCAAACAUAAACACUAAUCUCACUGGAUUCCUGCUGCACGCCACAAACAAUGCCAUCAAGUCUUGAUUUUUUAUUUGAGGAAAAGGAAGCAACAAUGAGGCAGUAAAACUACCUUUUUGAUCUGGAUUUUAUCUUCUGAAACUAGGCUGCUCUUCCGCAUCAUAUCCAACAGCAACAAGACACUGAAACCCAUGCAGGAUUUUAAUGGCUGGGAUGUAGAAGAUAUGAAGUACAGCCACAGAUGAGAGGGAGGGUGAAUAAGAUGGAGAGGAGAUGAGAUUUGGAAAUUACACUUGUGAGACCCGUCACGGGGCACACACACCUUUAAUGCAAACAGCAGUACUACAGGAAAAACACUGAAGUUUGAGAAUGUUUGCGUAAUGAUUAGAAUACAGCUACACACAAAACUCCCACUUCACCAGCAACAUACUAAAGGCAAUCUUAAUUAUUAAACCAAGAAGUACAUCCAAAGGAAUUCCAACCACUUAUCACAAUUACCCCACAGUGCAUUAAAUCUAUCUAUCUAUAUAGAUAUUUAUAUGUCUGUAUAUAUAUAUUUAUAUAUAUGUAUAAUAUAUCCUGGGGAAUUAAAGACUUUUGCUGUGUUAAACAGUUCAAUGAACAAUUUC